AUGGCAGUGCUGAGCGAGGCCGCCCAAGAGCCGGCCAGGCCGGGCCUCGGAAGGGCGAGUCCCGCCCAGGUGGCCAGCUGGGACCACCACCGUCGCGGCGCGUCCCCUCCAUCCCCGCGGAACUCGGGCUGCCGGGACUGUUGGGGAGUCCAGGCUCCGCAGCCGCUCCGGCGCUCGCCGCAACUCUCCUCCUCGGCGUUGUGCGCGGGCUCCCUGUCCGUGCUGCUGGCGCUGCUGGUGAGGCUGGUCGGCGGGGAGGUCGGAGGCAAGCUGGAGUCGAGUCAGGAGGCGGCGGCCGAGGAGGAGGAGGAGGAAGGAGCCCGAGGGGGCGUCUUCCCGGGCCCUCGGGGAGGUGCUCCCGGGGGCGGCGCGCAGCUCAGCCCUUGGCUGCAGCCGGCCGCGCUGCUCUUCAGUCUCCUGUGCGCCUUCUUCUGGAUGGGCUUGUGCCUGCUGCGCGCCGGGGUGCGCCUGCCUCUGGCCGUCGCGCUGUUGGCCGCCUGCUGCGCCGGAGAAGCGCUGGUGCAGCUCUCCCUGGGCGUGGGGGACGGUCGCCUGCUGUCGCUGCCCGCCGCGGGGGUACUGCUCAGCUGCCUGGGUGGCGCGACAUGGCUGGUGCUGAGGCUGAGGCUGGGCGUUCUCAUGGUCGCCUUGACUAGUGCGCUCAGGACGGUGGCCCUGGUUUCCCUGGAGAGGUUCAAGGUCGCCUGGAGACCUUACCUGGCGUACUUGGCGGCUGCGUUGGGGCUGCUGCUGGCCAGGUACGCGGAGCAGAUCCUGCCGCAGUGCUCCGGGCCGACUCCGCCCAGGGAGCGGUUUAGGUCCCAGCUGAGUGCGAGGACCAAGGAAGAGAUUCCGGGGUGGAAGAGGAGGAGGCGGUCCAGCUCGGUCGUGGCCGGCGAGAUGUCUGGCUGCAGCAGCAAGUCGCACCGGAGGACCUCCCUGCCCUGCAUACCCAGGGAUCAGCUCCUGGGUCAUUCAGAAUGGGACCACAAAAGAGGGCCACGGGGAUCCCAGUCAGGAACCAGCAUCACUGUGGACAUUGCCGUGAUGGGCGAGGCCCAUGGGCUCAUUACCGACCUCCUGGCAGACCCGUCUCUGCCUCCGAACGUGUGCACAUCCUUGAGGGCCGUGAGCAACCUGCUUAGCACCCAGCUCACCUUCCAGGCCAUCCACAAGCCCAGAGUGAACCCCUCUGUAACCUUCAGUGAGAACUACGCCUGCUCUGAUUCGGAGGAGGGCUUGGAGAAAGAUAAACUGGCCAUUCCCAAGCGCCUGAGAAGAAGUUUGCCCCCAGGCUUGCUGAGAAGAGUCUCCUCGACUUGGACAACUACCACCUCUGCCACAGGUCUACCCACCCUGGAGCCGGCACCAGUGCGGAGAGACCGCAGUGCCAGCAUAAAGCCGCACGAAGCACCUUCACCCAGUGCUCUCAGUCCUGACUCUUGGAAUACGCCGGGAUCAACGACCCUCACCAAGAGCAGGUCCUUCACUUCUUCCUAUGCUAUCUCUGCAGCUAACCAUGUGAAAGCUAAAAAGCAAAACAGGCCAGGCGGCCUUGCUAAUAUUUCACCUGUACCCUCGCCCUCCUCCUCACCUCCACAAGGCUCGCCUGCCAGUAGUCCUGUUGGCAACAUUACUUCAGCCCAGUUUCCAGAAUCCCCUGAAAUAACUGCCAAGAGAGGCCCCGGAUACCACAGGGCCUUGACUUACACCCAAAGUGCCCCUGACCUGUCCCCUCAGAUCCUGCCUCCACCUGUCAUAUGUAGCAGCUGUGGCAGACCUUAUUCAAAAGGGAAUCCUCCUGAUGGACCCUCAGAGAGAAGUGGCCCAGCCAUUCAAAAACCAAACAGAACAGAUGACACUUCCCAAGUGACCUCUGACUAUGAGACCAACAACAACAGUGACAGCAGUGAUAUUUUGCAGAAUGAAGAGGAGGCCGAGUGCCGGAGAGAGCCACCGAGGAAAGCAUCGGCUUGUGGCACCUAUGCUUCCCAGGCCAUGAUCUUCCUGGACAAACCUAUUCUUGCUCCUGAACCCCUAGUCAUGGAUAACCUGGACUCAAUUAUGGAUCAGUUAAACACCUGGAAUUUUCCAAUUUUUGAUUUAGUGGAAAAUAUAGGAAGAAAAUGUGGCCGUAUUCUGAGUCAGGUGUCAUACAGACUGUUUGAAGACAUGGGUCUCUUUGAAGCCUUUAAAAUCCCGGUUAGGGAAUUCAUGAAUUACUUUCAUGCUUUGGAGAUCGGAUACAGGGACAUUCCUUAUCAUAACCGAAUCCACGCCACAGAUGUUUUACAUGCUGUUUGGUAUCUCACAACGCAGCCAAUCCCUGGCCUCCCAAGUGUCAUUAGUGAUCAUGGAUCAGCAAGCGACUCGGAUUCUGACAGUGGAUUUAUCCACGGACACAUGGGAUAUGUGUUUUCAAAAACGUAUCAUGUGUCAGAUGACAAAUAUGGGUGUCUGUCUGGAAAUAUCCCCGCCUUAGAGUUGAUGGCUUUGUAUGUCGCUGCAGCCAUGCAUGACUACGAUCACCCAGGGAGGACGAAUGCUUUCCUGGUUGCCACCAGUGCUCCUCAGGCGGUACUGUACAAUGACCGUUCAGUUCUGGAGAAUCAUCAUGCAGCUGCAGCAUGGAAUCUCUUCAUGUCCCGGCCAGAGUAUAACUUCUUAGGUAACCUGGACCAUGUGGAAUUUAAGCAUUUCCGAUUCCUAGUCAUUGAAGCAAUUUUGGCUACCGACCUGAAGAAACACUUUGACUUUGUAGCCAAAUUUAAUGCCAAGGUGAACGAUGAAGUUGGGAUAGAUUGGACCAAUGAAAACGAUCGUCUCCUGGUGUGUCAGAUGUGUAUAAAGUUGGCUGACAUUAACGGGCCUGCUAAAUGUAAAGAACUCCACCUGAAGUGGACAGAGGGCAUCGCCAGUGAGUUUUAUGAGCAGGGUGAUGAAGAAGCCAGCCUUGGUUUGCCCAUCAGCCCCUUCAUGGACCGCUCUGCCCCGCAGCUGGCCAACCUUCAAGAAUCCUUUAUCUCACACAUUGUGGGUCCUCUAUGCCACUCCUAUGACUCUGCGGGUCUCAUGCCAGGAAAAUGGGUGGAUGACAGCGAUGAUUCAGGGGACACUGAUGACCCAGAAGAAGAGGAGGAAGAUGCUGAAACACUGAAUGAGGAAGAAACCUGUGAAAAUAACACAGCUCCCAGGAAGAAAACUUUCAAAAGGAGGAAAAUCUACUGCCAAAUAACACAACACCUCCUGCAGAACCACACCAUGUGGAAGAAAGUGAUUGAAGAGGAACAGUGCUUAGCAGACAUAGAGAACCAGUCCCUGGACCAGGCUCCUGUGCCCCACUCCUCAGAGCAGAUCCAGGCCAUCAAAGAGGAAGAGGAAGACAAGGGGAAGCCAAGAGUAGAGGAGACCCUGGCUCCACAGCCAGACCUGUGACCAUGGGGAGAGUGAGCUGUGUUUGCAGACAGAAUGACUUGUCCCAGACACUUUCCAAGCCAGCACAACACUUAGACACAACACUGUAGAACACCAGAAGAUGGGCAAAUGGCUAAAGCAUUUGGGGAAAUUCUUCACAUUUUGUGUGUUUACUUUUACAGUAAGGGACAGCGCUGAAGACUCCGGCUCAAAGAAGCUUUCUUUCACUUUGUGGCACCAGCGUCUACGGAUCGUUUAUAAGGAAGAAGUAUAUGUGUGUGUACAAAUUCCCACAUAGGCUCAUGUAAGACUUAUAGUCACGUGUAACACAUGCACACUGAUAGCCAGGAUGCCUGACUCCACAAGGUAGUAACAAUCAUAUUAAGAUAUAUAGAGGUCACUGUGACAUAAAAUCACAAAGGACAAGAAGUCACUAGGAAAUGUGCAGCUUAGCAAGGAAACAAAUGUAGGCUUGAGAGUGACCAGCUUUUGUUUUCCCUGCUGAGGGAUGAACGUUAUCGAGCAUUGUUGGAAUUCCAAUGCAUCCUGCCAAUGUGUGUGUGUGUGUGUGUGUGUGUGUGUGUGUGUGUGUGUGUGUGUGUGUAUGUGUGUGUGUGUGCGUGUGCAUGAGAGAGAAGAGAGAUAUGUUUGUAUACAUGUGUGUGUAGGGAAAAUGUUUGUGAUUUUAGUUGUUCAUAGAAUAACUAGCUGUAGCAGGUGACAAAGGACAUGUGAGCACACAGAAGGAAGUUCUUUCUGGAGUGUCUUUGAAUGGCAGCCCUCCUCCAUUUAGCUUCCAGAAAGGUUCCUUUCCAGAGGGUGGGCUUUGUGUGGGCCACACGAUUGGUACCACUGCUACUUGCCACUUGGAGGCGCUCCACCACCAGCCUCACACUCACAAGACUGAGGCUUUCUGGUCUACCUGCCUAGUGAAUGUAUAAGGGGUGUAUGUGAGUACACAUGUCACUCACCUAUGAUCAAAUAGCCAUGGGAGGGGAUGCUGUUCUUUAGUGGUAGAUGCCCAAGGGCAGCUGGCAUCAGCUCUUCGUCAGGUGAGAGUUCUAAAAGGGUGCUGGGAAAGGCCCAGGAGAUUACCUUUAGUGAUGAUGCCCUGUGUCUUCUCAAUUUGCUGCAAGAUGUGUUAUAGUAUAAAAGAAAGUCAAGAAACUCACCAUGGGUUUUAUAACAAGAGAUGAAGGUAAAAUGUCAGUUUAUGGUUUGGAAGUUGGCCUGGGGAAAGCUGACCCUUGGCACCUGUUGAAGAUGGUUUGCUCUGACGUUACCAGUUGUGGUCUUCCAUACACUGUGUGAUGGCACAGCAUGACUUUGCAGCCUGGUCUGUGGUCAUGCUCCUUUUUGAAGUGAAGGUUAUAGGGGGGUUGAGUAUUGUUUGUGGCUAAGCCAUUGAAAGCCGUUUGAGUUGCUUUGUUUUGUUUUCUACACUUGUUUAUGCUGUGAGCCAAACCUCUAUUUAAAAAGUUGAUACUCACUUUCAAUAUUUUAUUGGAUAUUAUUACGUAUGUCAUGACUAGUUAUCGUGAUGUAAAUAUAAAGAAUUUUUUUGUUUCUGUAUGUAGAUAGUAAACUUUUUUUUAAGAAAAAAAGGGGGAAAAGGGAAACAUUUUAUAGUUAUAUUUUAAUCGCCAUUUUAUACAUUGUAGCUAUGUCCAAGCCCACGAGAGCGGGUGAGGGUUCAUUGUGGAGUCUGAGGGCCUCCUGCCAUCAACCUACUCUAGUUUGAGUCAUGAUCUGAUACAGUUGUUUUGCUGUUAAAUUAAGGCAUUGCAGAGACAGCAGCUUUGGAUAACUGACUUGAUUGGAGGUCUUCCCUUUCCUGAUGAAAGCCUUUCCCAACCCAAUUUUGACAUUUCUCGCUGGACUCUGUUGCUUGUAGCUCCCAGUUACGUUCUGCAUUCACAGAUUUCUGGUUAUCUUAGCCUCCAAGACCCGUGUGUUGAUUUCUGCCCUUUCACAUCCUUGAUUGUUUACGAUAAAAACCCCUUUGUCUCCCAUACGUGGGUAGUAUACCCUUCCCUUCAAAAGCAUGAUUUAAUAGUAAUUCACAGCAUUUUUUCUCCAAAACAGACAAAGAUGAAAUCAAAUAUUUCAAGCAGAUUUUUCUAUUGAAUAGGACUUAAGGCUUCAUCCAAACAAUUAGAAUAUGUCCCAGUGUAUUUCUGAGUUAACACCAGGUCUUCAGCAUUUAGCAGGUCUCGAAUCAUUUCUUCUUUCUUCAUGGUGUCUGUGUGUCUCUGUAAAUCUACUUAGAAGCAAGAACCCCUCUUUGGUGAAGGUACCCUUCCCCUACAAUAAAAAAAAGAUAGAUAAAGCACUUAUACUCAUAGCUUUCACAUCUACUCAGUUCUCAUCCCCAUCUCCAAAUGAUAUAUGCCUAUUAAAUGCAUAUAAAUAGUAAAACAAGCUAGGUCUGAGUGAGUGGAUUGGUAAAUUCAUUGUGAAUAUGUAUGCAGUUUGAAUAAAGCCAUAGAAUCUGAGUAGGAGCCAGGGUGGUUACAUAAUGGAGGGGUGGGGGUCCUCAGAAAACUGCCUAGUUUUCCUUGUUUUAAGGUACAUGAAGUAACGGGUUAAUGACCAAAGCAAUCUGAACCUAUUUGUUCCAGAAUUAUACUCAUUCAUCCAGGCAGAUUAAUUUUUUUUUCUCUUAGCAAACAAGUUGUCAUUCUACUCAAACCGAAAGGCAACAAACUGAACAGGGUGGCAACCGCCAAGCGUGUGACCUAAAGAAUCCCUGAGAAAUCUCAAAGGCUAUCAAACAACAUCUAGAGUGUUUACAAUGAACGAUGUUGUCCAACUUCUUGGUGACAGCAAUAUACUGUGUCCACCUCCAACUUCAGAAUUAACUUCCUGUGGUGCCAAUGUGUUCCAUGAGAUUUACUACAGAUUUAUAUGAACCUAUACAGGUGCCAUUUGAUAAACUCAGGUCUCCCAGUGGAGGGAUUUCUACCCACUUAGGGAAAGGAUAGUUUCAUAGACAGCCAUAACACAUCAAUGGUAGGAGAGAUUGGAACCAGCUGCUCUCUGUGGAGUAAAAGCUGAAGCGUCUUCUGCAUGUUAUCCAUGCCAUUCCCAGCAUACUAAUUGAAUAUCUUCAUCGUGAUCAAUGCCAGUUGGCCUUUUGAAUACUAUUUCCUUAGUCGAAAUGCCACUUUUACUGUUUUACUUAUCUGUAAGAAAAAAAAUGUUCUUAUUUAUGUAAGACCUGGUUUUGUUAUCAGUAGCAGAUGAACUCAGUAGUUAUGCAUUUUCUCUAGUUGUCCUCAUCUGGCAUUGAGAGAAUGGUCUCCUGUGUGAGAAAGUAUCUGCUUCUUACCCUCACCAUACCCUUUUCUGUCCUGUUUGGGUUUAAUCCAGAACAAACAUUAGCCAUUGCGGUCCUAGUAGUUCUAAGAAGAACUGAAUACCCUGCCGACUGUUUAGUAGAUGUAUAUAUUUGCAGUUUCCCUGUGUCCUAUGCCUGUCUUUCCCAGAGAACUUUCUUGAAGGUAAAAAGCUGUGCAAAAGGCAUGAGACUCAGGCCUAUUCUUUGUUUAAAUGAUGGAAAAGUAUAAAUUAUUUUCUAAAUAAUAAAAAUAUGAAAAUUAUCAUUGUAAAUAAAGUCUAAAGCUUGAAAUAACUUCUUUAUAAAAGUGAAGUAUCUGUGUGGUGAACAACUCCUGGACAACGGGAAAUUAAUAAUGCAGAAGUCCUGUCUAUUCUGCUUGGGGCAUGCUCUUGGUGCAGGGACCUCCACUGUCCUCCCCUAGGGUAACUCUAAGAAGCAUAGUGGUAACCAUGAGGUGGGGCUUGUUAGCCUUCCCUCCUUCCUAAUCCUGAUUCCUAUUAGUUUCCUGUUUUGAUUUUUGUGCAAUUAACAAUUAAAAUGCCUUUUCAAUUAUCCAAAGGCUACAGUAAGAGAGUUCUGUGAUGUUCCACAAACUAAAUCAAGACUUUUCCUGACUCAUGAUGUCCUAAUAUGUGUCGGGAGAUAAAAAUAACAAAGAUUUGCAUGUCAGUAGUUUAGCCCCAGAUAACUAAAUGCCACAGUAACCAUGUGCUUUGAAACUGAAGUCAUUUUCUUGCCACCUGAGCAAUGAAAUACUACAUGAUCCUUGUUCUAAGUCAUUCAUUUCUUUCACAAAUUUGUAAAUCGAAACUAUGAAUUUGCUGAUAUUGCUGCAUUUUAAAGUUUAUCCAAGCAAAUUCAAAAUGAGGCUAGAGGAAAACAAUUCACCAUUUAAACAGGAGAGAUGUCAGAAUUUACAUUAUUCUCAGAAUGUCUAAUCAAGAUGAAAUCCAUCAGUUUGUGGUCCUAUAUCCAUAUUAUGUCAAUUGGUCCUCCAGCAAAUGCCCAAGUACUGAAAAUUAAAUUAGAAGUGAAUUAAGUUAUUAUCACUGAGUAAACUCAACCAUACACUUUGGUCUGGGCAGUUUGAACUGAGCUUUUCAUGAGUAUUUGUAUGUGUCACACGAAGGAACCAUGAUUAGAGAAUAAGGACACACUAGUAUAUACUAUGCAGCAUGGAUACCAGUAAUCUGUGUCACCACCUUAUAUACAUUGCACGUAUUGAAAUGAUGUUAAUUUUUGCAUUACUUAAUACUGUUUUUUUUUCCUUACCUAAGAAUUUGUCUUUAUAUUCACGCUGGUAGAUUAUGCUAAAACCUGGUUAGAUGUCAUGACUAAGAUAUCUGACCUUCUAUGCAUGAAUAUUUUAAAUAUGUCUACAGACCAGAUGAAAAGAUGAAGUUGGUGGAACCCAGCCUGCUUCCUUAGAGGAUAACAUUGACCCUCAAGCUUUUUAAUGUAGAAAAGACCAUCAGUAUGCAGACGGUGUACUCUUGAGACGGGUUGACGUCUCCACAUUGAUAGCAUCAUGUGUUGGCAUCUUAGGUGUAUGCCUGCCAAGUGACAUGGCCCACAGGAGAAGGACAGCCUUCUCUUAGAGGUCAGUGUUCAGUGUGGCCGUGUUCAGCCUAGACUCCUUGCUCUGCAUUAAGAAGUGGGUCUCUCUAAUCAUGAAAACUGGCAAAAAAAAAUAAUGUUAAACCUUUGUGUGUGCUGAUACUGACAGAAAUACUUAAAACGAUUUGCUUUCUUGAA